CUCGUGGCCGAAUUCCACUGCCAAAGACUGCUUCAGUUUCGGUCACGUUUUAUUCUUGCUCGCUCUCAUUGGUUUUAAUGUAGAUAUCUUUUUCUUUCCUGGAAGCCCACCAGCGGCUCAGUCCGCGUGGCACAUUGUGGUAUAUAAAUAAAGAUGAACAGAACGUAGGAGGACAUGAUCUCUACCAGAAUCUCGUAUCAUUUUUGCUAGUUCUAAGCUCUAGUCGUGAUGUCGGUCCUCUCCGUAACUGUCGCCAUGGCUGCCCUUGCUGGCAUUGCCAGCUCUACUCAGCUUCCCGAGACCGUUACUCUUGGAGUCAUCGGUGAUUUUGGAUGGACCGGCUGGAAUCCCGCCCCGGCCACUUUCUGCAACGACGUUAUGCCCAAGUUGCAGGCAGCAAACAUUACAAUUCCACGGGAGCUCCAAAAUGACUGCGAUGCCGGCGACCGCGCGGCCAUUAACAAUGCCACUGCAUUGCAGGCCGACACGGCGAGCUAUAUCGGCCAGGUCUGCGAGCUCAAGGGAUGCUCCGCAUUCGUUUCCGUUGGCGACAACUUCUACGACAGCGGUGUCGAUUUUACCACUGGCGGCGUGAUUCGUUUCCAGGAAGCGUGGGUUGACAUGUAUACGGGCCCGGCAUUCAAUACCACACGUUGGUAUCAGUGUCUGGGCAAUCAUGAUGUCGUCAAGGGCCAGGCUGGUGUCGACUUUGAGACCAAGAUUGCGCCUGUAUACGAUGACCGCUGGUAUUUCGGCACCAAGGGUCUACCAUACUACUCGUACGAUAUCCAGGGUCGUGACUGGACUGCGACCUUUGUCGUUGUUGAUUCAGACUGCUUCAUCGACGACUACCAGGAGUCAACCUCUGUGUAUCAGAACGAGUACACUACCAGUUGCCACCAGGAUACCCAGACUCAAGUCGACUUUCUGGCGCAGGCUUUCGCUAACUCAAAUGCCGAAUGGAAGUUCCUCCAACUUCACCAUGGUUUCCAGUCCUCGUUCACCAACUACACCGAACUGUGGCCACUCAUUGAGAUCGUGGAGCAACACAAGGCCACUGUGCUGAACGGCCACGACCACUGCAUGGCUCACUAUUACAACAACCAGACCAACUUCAUCCUGUCUGGUGGCGCUGGGUAUCCUGAGGUUGGAGACUGUAACAAUGGUGUUCCUCUAGGACCCUACACCAAGUGGCUUGGAGCCAACAACCAGUCAGCUGCCAAUGGCUUCGUCACUCUCGACAUCAGCAAGGAGUCCGUCGUCGUCGAGUACUAUGCGCGCGAUAUGAAGUUCGAGGGCGGCGACCUUUAUCCUGUCCAGAAUGACCUGAAUCCUUCUUAUCAAUUCACUAUCUCUCAGCAGUCUCAGUAGCUAGUUGGGAGAAGGAAAACCCUUUCGUGACAUAAUGUGAUAUAGAGAUUUUUUUUUUUCAUCAUCUC